AUGAGCAACCCAUCAGAAGAGGUGUCCGCUCCAGCGGCGCCGCAAGACGACACCGCAGUUGCACCGGCCGCACCGGCGACAACGACCCCAGGAUACCCACAAGACACAGCGGAAGGCGGAUCAGCAGAGUCGGAGACACGAUCUCUCAGCAGUUUCUCGGUUGGACUAAGUAUCGACACAAACGACGACGAUGCCAUUUCCAAUCUCGGCGAGAUGGAUACCUCCCGCUCGAGCAUCUCGGCAUCGUCAAGUGUCUAUGAAUUUGUCGAGGAGUACGGACGAACGUAUCACAAAUACAAGGAAGGAAAACAGAACCGUCUCGACCUGCAGCACCACCUAGCCACCCGGCUGCUCCAAGGCAAGCUCUACCUGGCGCCCAUUGGCAGCGUCAACCGCGUGCUCGACAUUGGCACCGGCACCGGCAUCUGGGCCGUCGAGUUCGCCGAGCAGCACCCCGAAGCCGACGUCCUCGGCACGGACCUCAGCCCCAUCCAGCCCGAGUAUGUGCCGCCCAACCUGCGCUUCGAGGUCGACGACGUCGAAGACGACUGGGUCUACAGCCAUCCGUUUGACUUUGUCCACGGCCGCUACAUCCUGCCGUCGCUCCGAAACCCGCGCGCCACCCUGCAGCGCAUUUUCGAGCAUCUGCGGCCGGGCGGCCACGUCGAGAUCAUGGAGACGCUCAUGGUCAUCGAGGCCAUUGACGCGUCCCUGCAAAACACCGUGCUGCCGCGCUGGCACCAGCUGAUCCUCGACGGCGUGCGCAAGCUGGGCCGCGGCGACCCCAUGGCCCCGCUGCACACAAAACAGUGGCUCGGCGAGAUUGGCUUUGUCAAUGUCACGGAAAAAAAGUUUGCCGUGCCGGCCAACGGCUGGGCCCGCGGCGACGAGCAGAAGAUCCGCGGCCACCUGAUGAUGACGAACCUGCUGGAGGCGGCGCAGGGCAUCACGAUGAGCAUCUGCAUGAAGGUCUGGGGCUGGAGCCAGGAGGAGGUCGAGCUGUUCCUGGUCGAUGUGCGGGCCGCCCUCAAAGACCGCGCCCACCACGGCUACGUCCCCAUGUAA